AUGUCGGACUCCCCCCAAUCUCCUCCAAAGGAUGUCGAGCAAGGUGCACAGUCACCCGACGACGAAGGACAAAUGAAUGACAAUCAAGACCCACACUCGGCUGGCGGCGCCGCUGGUUAUGAGUUUGAAGUUAAAGAGCAAGACAGAUGGUUGCCUAUAGCCAAUGCUCCUACUUCACCGGGAACAAGUCGUUCUACUACGCAAGAAUAUCAUGAUGAGCUCGAUGCUAAUAUUCGUAACUUUGCUCCAGUCGCCCGAAUCAUGAAGAAUGCUCUUCCUGACAACGCGAAGAUAGCCAAGGAGGCUAAGGAGUGUAUGCAGGAAUGUGUUAGCGAAUUUAUCUCCUUCAUUACCAGCGAAGCUUCCGAAAAAUGCCAGCAAGAGAAAAGAAAAACGGUGAAUGGUGAAGAUAUUCUGUUCGCUAUGACUUCGUUGGGGUUUGAAAACUACGCGGAGGCUUUAAAAGUCUAUCUUUCCAAGUACCGAGAGCAACAAAAUCAGUCCAACCGAGAGCGUGUCAUGGAAACCACUUGGGCUGGUUCCAUGAUGCCCGGUGAAAAGGGCGACGGGAAUGCGCCAGGGCAAGAGUUUACCGGUGGUGAUGCCUCGAACAACGCUGAAGCUGGCGCCGACCCUAACUAUAUGUACGGCCAACAUGCCGGCCACAACGGAGCUGCGGCCGGAGAGGGCUACUAG